GAGCAGGCGACGACAAGGGUGAACCUGUAAUGGCUGACUCCGGAAAACCAUACGAUCCCGAGAAGCUGCCCCACGAGGUCAACACCCCUGGGGACGCACCAGGCAUCGAUGUCGACGCUGACGAUGAGGCCGAGCUGCCUGAAGACCUCAGAGAUCUCCCCAAAAUCGUACGGUCGAUUGUCAGCCUCGAAGACGACCCCGAUGCGCCGACCAUUACUUUCCGCUACUUUCUCUUGUGUUUCCUCUUUGUGCCGCCCGGGGCGAUCCUCUUCCAGAUGGGCAUCUUCAGGACAACGGCCUCCGCAUAUCCAGUGCUCUUCGUGCAAAUUGCCUCGCACUAUGUCGGAACUUGGCUUGCAGAAAUCCUGCCUAAGAAGACUAUAAGGGUUCCGUUUACAAAGUGGGGCUUCAGCUUGAAUCCUGGCCCUUGGAGCGCAAAGGAGAACGUCCUUGUCACGGUUACUGCUGCCUCUGGAGCAACCUCCAAUGCCGCGUGGGCCCCCAUAUCACUGGCGCAGCUUUACUAUGGCACCAAGAUUCCGGUAGCAGCAUGCCUCUUCUUCAUGUGGGCUAUUGUGUACAUUGGAUACGCUAUGGCUGCGUUGGCGCGACAAUUCCUCUUAUACGAUCCUAUCUAUGUCUGGCCAUACUCUUUAAUGCAGACUGCUGUCUUCGAAACUCUUCAUAAGUCUGUGCAAGAUUCUUGGAUUGCUCGGAAGCAGAAGUAUGUAUUCUUUGGCGCUUUCCUCUUUAUGACGCUCUGGGAAUUCCUCCCAGAAUACGCGUUCCCUAUGCUCAGCUCGCUAUCCUUCCUUUGCUGGGUUGCACCACGGAAUGCGGUAGCGAACUUCGUUGGUGCCGGGAUCGGCGGCAUGGGCUUCCUUAACCUUACCUUGGAUUGGGCAAACAUCAGCAAUCAGUCGCUGAUUAGCCCCAUGAUUGUUCCCUACUGGACGACGGUGGUGUUGACUGUGGCCUUCAUCUUCAAUUGCUGGGUCCUAAUACCAGCGGCUAAGUACGGCAAACUCAGCAGCUGGGCCAAUGAUCAGCUCAUGUCGAACCGGCUUUUCCUCGAGAACGGAACGAGAUAUCCAGUGACAGCUCUGAUCAACCCGGACAUAACCUUCAACGAGACCGCUUAUCAAGAGCAUGGACCAAUAUAUGUCGGAACACAGCAGUUGUGGAGUCUGUUCUUCGACUACUCCUCCUACAUUAGUGCCCUGACUUGGAUGGCAUUGUUCGGAUAUCCCAAGAUCAAAGAAACAAUUCAGGUGCUUCGAAAACGGGCCAAAGACAGGAAGAGCAACACCAGCGUCAACGAUUUCUAUACCGAUCGCCUGAAUGUACUCAUGCGAUCUUACGAAGAAGUUCCCCUCUGGUGGUAUGUUGCUUUGUUCGUUGCCUCCUUCGUCACCAUCAUCACGAUACUAGGAUGUGGAUACUUCUUCAUUCCUAUUUGGACCUUCUUCGUCGCCAUCUUUUCUUCUGGUGCUAUGAUCAUUCCGUUCGCUUGGCUUUAUUCCUUCUCCAGUUUCCAGGUACCGAUUGGCUCGUUCAACGAGCUUCUGUAUGGCUACAUGGUGCACGCCACGAACGGGCACAAGCACCCUGCUGGAGCCACCGCAUAUGGCUCAAUCGCUGGGGACAUCUGGUAUCGCGCUCAGUAUAUGCUACAAGACCAAAAGAUAGGACACUACAUGCACGUACCACCACGCGCAAUCUUCCUUAGCCAGAUCUUUGGCGAACUGCUAGGCGUUCCGAUAAACUACGGCAUCAUCCAGUGGAUAUUAAAGACUAAGCGCGACUUCCUGCUAGGCGACAAGACUGACCCCUUGCACCAAUGGACUGGCCAAAGUCUUUCUAACUAUAAUACACUGGGCGUACAAUACGUGCUAGUAGGACCGAAACGGCUGUUCUCGCAAGCCAUGUACAAGCCGCUACCGUACGCCUUCUUGUAUGGUGCUCUAGCUCCGUUCCUGCUCUUUGCGCUGCACAAAGCUUUUCCAAAAUCCAAGCUCAAGUUCCACCUCUGGAAUGUUACGAUCUUCGGCACAGGAAUGUCUCAAUUCUACGGCAAUCUUUCGACUGGCUACAUUUCGCGCUUCAUUGUCGGCUACAUUUGCAUGUACUGGUUCUACCGUCACCGGUUCCAGACCUGGAAACGCUACAACUACCUUGUCGCUGCGGCGUUUGACGCCGGUUUCAAUAUUGCGAUGCUGCUUAUUUUCGUUAUCUUCAGCAGCGGGAAGGUUAUCAACAUGCCAUAUUGGUGGGGUAACAACGAAACAAGCGUGGAGAGGUGCUUUGCUCUGGAGUAG